AUGUCGCCAAGAAAUGCAUCGGAAAGACGUUCGCUGAGAGCGAGCAAGCGUGUGACUAAAGCAUAUAUCAAUGAUCUUCAUGGGAGACUGGCUACCUUCCAGCAUCGAGCAAAUCAGGCCACAUCGUCAAGGUCUACGCCUGUGUCUCUUAGCAAUCAGGCUGGUGAGCGUGAUGGCAGUGGGAUGAAUGCUGAUACCAGACAGCUGGAGCCUCCUGAGCGUACGGACAGGUCACUAGCUGUAUCAGCAUCAGGUGGCGGGGAAACGAAAGCGCCACUCACCAACCCACUAGCUUUUCACAUCACGGACUGGGUUCCAGGGCCCCGAGGAAAGCCAAUCUUUAUGGGCGCAUCGUCUACUUGGGCCUUCGGUCGGCGAGUACUAGGAAUGACGCAUGAGAAACUAACAGGCUCCUCGCUGUGUCCAGACCCAACCAGUCUACUAUUCGACGACGGUGUCUACGAUCUCAAAUGGGAUGGCAACAAGGCAAACUAUUCCCAAGACAUAUUCGAUGUCUCCAAACUCCCCACAGCCGACUUUGCCAGAUUCCUAAUUAACACGGUCAAGUUUCAUUGUGGGCAGCUUUUUUACCUCUUCGAGGAAGAUCGAUUUAUGCAGCAGUUUGAAGCGUUCCACCAGAACCCUUCCCAGCGAGCCCGUUCCUCCCCUUUAUGGUUCUGUCAUUAUCUCCUGAUCCUUGCAUUUGGGAAAAGCUUCGUCGUCCAAUCGACCCGGUCGCAUCGUCCGCCCGGCGCAGAUCACUUCGUCCAGGCAAUGCAAUGCAUGCCGGAUUUUACAUGCUUCGACGGUGAUCCGAUCGAGAAGACGCAAGUACUAUGCUGUGCGGCACUCUAUUUACAGUGUGUUCACAGUCGUGGGCCAGCCUACCGCAUGAUCGGCACCGCUCUUCGCCUGGCUCUAGAGCAUGGAAUGUAUACUGAAAUGCACGGGAUAUAUCUCGACCAGGUCUAUGUGCAGCGAUGUAGCCUCGUGUGGUGGACUGUGUACGUGCUUGAACGGCGGAUGUCGUCUCUUCUGGGCGUGCCUAUGGGGAUUUCGGAGGAGAGCAUCAGCGCGUCAUUUCCUCCGAUUUCUCGAAGCAUCCACGGUCCGAAUGUGUUGGAAAUGCAUGUGAUGCUGUGCCAGAUUCUCGCUAAAGUAGAUUUAACUGUGUAUGGCAGCGAAGGAAAGCUUGACAGUCGCUACCUAAGCGCCACGCAGUCUGUUCUUCGGGAUAUUGCAAAGGUGACGGAGCAGUUGAAUGGCUCUUUUGAUUUAUACGUCAACGGAUCCAUGAGUGGCAUGUCGAGGAUAUCGGCUCAUUUGCAUCUGCUUGAGCAUCAGUGUAUUAUAUUAACCACCAGACCCCUGUUAUACAUCUUUUUACAAUCUAAACUCGGCCAAUCGGACCCCGCACUAAUGGGGUGGCUGCAAUCCGGGACCGUGAAAGCUCUGCUUCAGAUAUGCGUGGAAUCCGCACAACAGACUCUGAGAAUUCUAUCCAAUCUACUAGAACAAGGAUUGCUAGAAACAUUCCUCCCCAUCUACAUGGACGCCGCUUUCACAUCCACCGUCCCCCUCCUCAUGGCCGCCGCCAUUGACCCAUCCAUACUACCCGACCACAGCCCCUGGACCCACCGCGCAUACGCCAUCUUAGAAGACAUGAGCAGCCGUGGCAACAUUUCUGCUCGCUUAAUUCGGUCCGAGCUCAGACAGCUAGAGGGAGAACUUGCGGAGUUAUUGAGCGGACAGAACGUUAACCCUGCAACCACCUUACACACUCCCUCUUCGAUAUGCGGGCUUGCACAGGGAGGCGAUCCCGUUGGAAUGAUGCCUGCGGCUCCAGUAGGUGUAGAGGCCCAGCACACGCUGGAAUUAGGGCUGGCUGAGGGCUUUGGACAGCACUAUGAGCUUAGUCCAGAUCAGUUGAUGGAGUUGGCGAAUUCGUUGGAUGUGGAUAGUUUGACUUGGCCACUUCCGGGGAUGGAUGAUUUGGCGGUUUAG